AUGGAAGCUGAAGCCAAAAACAUCUUACAGCAACUUGGUGACACAAGCGGCUGGGUCACUCGCGCCACCAACUUCGAGUUGACGGCAUACAUUGUGGUUCCAUGCCGAACCCCCAAAGACAGAGACAGCCCGAUACCCCAGAUCCGCCAAGUACUCGAAGCCACGCUCCAGCACACUAUGGUGUGGUCGUCACAAGUUGCCCGCGAACAACUUGACUCUGCCCCCGACGCUUUCGAGCGUCCCGUGAAAGACUCGAAAGAGAAAGAACAGAACUUCUACGAGAACCCAUAUUUUAACCUUCGACGAGCCCGAGAUCUACCGGAUGCUUACAGUCUAGAAGUACACAAAUAUUGGUACAUGAGCACGUUGAAGCAGCUUGGUGCUCGAGAGGUUAGACCUAGUUUCUGUGCUUUUGAUGGGAGCUGGUAUGCCCCCAUUGAUUCUCAGCGCCGUGGCAUCAAGUUCACCCAGCCGAAAACGAUCGCAGAAGGUGCUGGUCAACGUCAUUUCAAUAUCGAUCGUGUUAAAAAGACAACAGAGAGGUGA